CGGGAGUCGCGGUGGCGGGGGGCGCUCGUCGGCUGGGGGUCAGGGGGGCGGCGUCGCCCGGGGAGGAGGACAGGCUAACGGUGGCGACGGUGGUGGCUCGUCGUCGGCCUUGGCGGUGCAGGGUGGCAGCAAAUAGGAGUGCGGGCUCCGCCGGGUGGCGGGGCCAACUCCAGUGUCGGUUCCAGCUGAGAGGCCGCAACAGCAGCCAGGUCAUAAGGAGAUGGCGUCCCGGGCCUUGGCUGGCGUGGGGAUCCGAGGCGAGCGCUGGGAGGGCUUGCCCGGAGUGGCUUCCGAUUUGGAGUCAGAUCGUGGAGUUAGGCCCGAAGGAGCGCGAGUUGUGCUCCACCGUGCUGGCUUCGAGCUCGUCCGGCACGCACUUGCGCCAUCGUCUGAACGAACUUACCUGGGAUUUUUUGGAGCGUGGGUGAAGUUUCGAGAGGACGUUGUGGGGAGACCGACGUUUAUGAUGCCGUCGUCUCCAUCGCCGGAUAGUGUUUCGCAAUUGUUGGAGUACGUGGCAUACGCGUUCACGGUGCUGGGCUUGAGGCAGACGACGAUAGCUGGUCAUUUGUCUGCUGUUAAAUUUUUUCAUCGUUUGGCGUAUGCGAUGGAAGUUGAUACAUGUCAUUCUUUGAUCAAGCAAGCGCUCAAAGGGGUGGCGCGAGGGCAUGCGGGUGUUGGUGCACAGCAACGGGUGCGACGUCCGGUGUCGUGGUCGAUGCUGAAGGAAGGGGGGCGUCUGGUGCCACAGUGGGGCACGCGUGGGCGCGUGUUGUUUCUGGCGUUGAGUGCGUCAUUUUUUUUCUUGAUGCGGGCAUGCGAAAUGUUCGCUGUGUCCUCGUUGGCCAUGGAUUCUUGUCAUGGGUUGCGUCGGGGGGACGUGGCGUUUUUUUUGGGUUCUCGCCAGUUGCCUCCGGAACGGAGGGGAGAGGCCGACAGAGUCGAGGUGCGGUUUCGGUCGUCCAAAGGCGACCAGUUUCGGAAGGGCGCCGUGUGUACGCGGGCGAGGCCGGGGCCUCCCCAGUCUGUGGAGUGUGGGGGGGGUGCAGUCGAUGUGAUGAUUGAACUCCUUUCAUGCUUCCCUGUUCUCCCUUCGUCUGCUCCGUUAGUCGCGUUCGGAACCGGGGAGGGGCGAUGGUCCGUGUGGACUCGUCGUCACGCGACGGAAGCGCUGCGGCAAGUCGUGUCGUUGGCGGGUCUGAAGAGUCCGAGUACGCGUUGCAUUCCCUUCGGAUUGGGGGCGCCACGUACUUGGCAGCGGGGGGAGCGUCGCCAGAAGUUCUGAGACGAGAGGGGAGAUGGACUGGGGAAUCGGGGUAUCGGCCGUACGUAAGGAACCAUGGGAAAGAUGCAGAGUGGGUUUCUAGUACCUUGGCGUCGGAGGGUGAUUCAGAGAGGCAACCAGGACAGGGUACAGAGUGGGGUGACGUAGUCCUGAGGCUGGUGAUGGCGAGCCGUAAAAGGAGGGGGGAGUGAAUGCAAUCAGGGUUAUUGGUACAAGAGUGGGAACCACGGUAGGGGGGGAGAGAGAGUACAGAUCAGUAUGGAAACCAGUCCGCAGUUAGGUUGGGGGCAGGCAUGACUUUGAGAGUAUGCCUGAUGGUGCGGUGACUGGUUUAUACUGAUGGUGUUGUGGACGGGGAUAGGUUGAGAUCCCCGAGUUCCGCUCUUCUCUCCCCCCCCUGUUCAAGCGUGGGGGGGUACGACCAAUUAAUGUAAUUUCGAAAGCAACGAACAAAGCAGAAGAUUGCAGAGACAGAGGCGUUGAAAUCUGAGUUUUGUGAGGAGCGGAAGAUGAAAUAUCUGUUGGCCAAUCAGAGUGCAGCAGCAUGGAGUCAGCGUGAAGUGUUCGAAACCUGACCAGAAGAGUAGACUUGGGAGCACUUGUUGGUCUGCCCCAAGGAAGCACGAGGGAGGCUGCUGCAGCCAAGAGGUAUUUCGGAGGAGAUCUAUUUCUUUCCCACCCACCCACCCUUUUGCUUUUGG